CACUUUGUCCAAGUUUGGACGCUCACCUCUCAUCCCUCAAAUCUCAAACCCUCCUCACCCUCCUCGAACUCACUCUCUCUCUCAACCUCACCCUCCAAGAAUUUUUUAACUCACUUCUGUUCUCCAAGGAGCAACAUCGCAGCUCCUCCACUUCUGAUGUUAGUUCUGUUCUCCAAGCUGUUAGUUCUGUUCCUCCACCUCUCAUCCCUCACUUCCUCCCACAUCGCUGAUUUCUUUUUCGAUCUCACUGUUCAUCGGUUCUCCCCCAAAUCAGGUGCAAGAUUUACACUCAAUAACCCCUAAUUACUUCUUGGAAGUAAGUGGUGGAGUGAUUCAACCUCUAUCGUACCAACAGGCUAGAAAUUUUCGUUUCCCUUGUGGCCUUGUAUAUGUGACAGAACCAGGUGUAUAGAUGUCGCAGUUGAUCACUCGUCGUCGGAGUGUGACCAAUGCACCUCCUGCAUUAUCAGCAUCUAUGGCUCCAGCCGUGAGUGCUCCAUUGAUUAGCGAGCCUACACCCUUUGCUGAGGCCACUCCUACGGCGUCCCAGGUGCCCGUAUCAUCGACAUCAUCAGUGUCAGUUGAGCACCUCAGUGCACGGCGGCCUCAUCGGCGGCGCCGUGAGCCGGAACCUUCUGAUCACACUUCUUCGGAAUCCAGAGUCGAGUGUGAGGCCUCCCAUCCAGCUAAAAAAAACACCAGAGGGCCUAGUCGAAUGCUGAAGCAGUCACAGAGCGCACGACAGGCCGCCUCCAAGAUCAAGAUUGUGUAUGAUGCGCAACAUCGUGGAGCAGCUACCUCACAGCAACAUAGCUUCAUUGCUAGUAGCUGUGGUGUUGUUAUUCGAGACUAUUGUCCUUUUCAGUGGGAGUGUUGGGCAGAAAUUCCCGAGGAGACGAAGAGAAUGGUGCGACACGAGUUGUCGGUCAUUUAUGAUCUUGAGGACAUAUCCCUUGAGGUCAUGAACUACUUAGAGGAGACCUUAGCAAAUCGGUACAAAAAUUGGAAGAGCACUUUUCACACGUUUUUUAAGCGAUGGGAUGAUCCAGAGAUUGCUCGCCUACAUGUUCCAAGCGAGUUAAAGGACCGACCAGAUGAUUGGGAGUGGCUCUGCAAACAUUUUACGGACCCAAAAUUUGUGAAGAAAUCUGUUGCUGGCCAAAAAGCUCGUGAGUCAAAGACACUUCUCCACCAUUCCGGUUCGAAGCCCUUUUCGUAUAGGCUUCAGACACGACGUCAGGAGGGUUCUAAGUUCCCAGCAAUCGACAUGUUUAAGGACGUUUACGUUCGACCUGGUCAGGAGAUUACUGAGCAGUUUCAUGCUACUAUGGUGGAAAAGAGCACUUCUGUUCUUCAAGAAGCAACAUCGCAGCUUCCCCCGGAGACCCCGAUCGAGGACGUCACGAUACCUGAGGAUGUAGGUUUUCAGAUCAUGACUGAUGUCCUGGAUCAGAACUUAGGUCGUCGUCGUGGCAAGGUUGUUCGGUGUAUGGGGAAAGCACAAAUUCGUGAAACGGGUGCCUCUUCUUCCAGAUCAAACGCAGAGGUAGAUGCAUUGAAGGAGGAAGUGACAACCCUAAAGGCCCAGGGCGAGCAGAUGAAGGAGCAGCUGAGGGUCCAGGGCGAGGAGAUGAGGUCAUAUGCCGGGGCGUGGAGAGACCUUGUACAAGCCAUACAGAUGUCCGGCCUUCAAAUCUCACUACCAGCACUUCAUCUUGGUCGACCUUCGACCUCAGAGCCACCUCGCCCUGCUGAUACCUAGUAGCUUGAUGUAUUAAACCUAGUUCACUUUUAGUUUUUUCUUUUUUGUUUGGAUCUUGUAUGUACAUUUUCAUAUAUUUAAUAAUUAAAUACUUUUGCUUGGUUAA